AUGACUACAGUGAGAACACUUAUUGCAGUUGCAGUGAAGAAUAACUGGUCAAUGUUCCAAUUGAAUGUAAACAAUGUUUUUCUCUAUGAAAAUUUACAUGAGGAAGUGUAUAUGCAAGUUCCAUCAGGCCUCAUGGUGAAAUACCAAUCCCUAGUUUGCAAAUUAAACAUACCCCUAUAUGGUCUGAAACAAGCAAGUAGGCAGUGGUAUGAGAAGUUAACUGAGGCCUUGUGCUCUAAAGGUUUCAAUCACACCAUGAAUGACUAUUCACUAUUUUACAAGCAACAUGAAGAUUCAGUGAUUUAUGUGGCAGUGUAUGUAGAUGAUGUCUUAUUCACAGGCACAAACAAUAAGGAAAUAUGUCAUCUGAAAGUUUUCCUUCAUGAUAAGUUUAAGAUAAAGGAUUUGGGCAACUUGCAUUACUUCUUAGGUCUAGAGGUUCUAUACAAGACAGAUGGUGUGAUUAUCUCCCAAAGAAAGUUUGUUUUAGAUUUACUGAGAGAGUACAACUACAUGGAGUACAGUGCUUUGAGUUCACCACUCGAUCCUAAUGAAAAGUUAAAGGCCAAGGAAGGCAAACCAUUAGAGGAUCCAACUUUUUACAGAAAGCUGAUAGGCAAGGUAAACUUUCUUACCAACACAAGACUGGAUAUAGCCUUUGGAGUACAACACUUGAGACAAUUCAUGCAAGACCCUAGGGAACCUCACCUGAAGGCAGCCUAUCACUUGCUGAGAUAUCUUAAGAGAGAUCCUACUUUGGGAGUUUUCAUGUCCAAUACUGCAGACUGGUCUGUCAGAGCUUUUUGCGAUUUUAAUUGGGCUUCGUGCUCAGACACUAGAAAGUUUAUGAGUGGGUACAUUAUUUUGUUGGGAAAUAGUCCAGUUAGUUGGAAAUCUAAAAAGCAGGAGACUGUUUCACUAUCCUCAGCAAAGGCAGAGUACAUCUCCCUUAGAAAAGUGAUUGGUGAACUGGUCUAG